CCCCACUCACAGUUUGCAGUGAUGCCCUGGAGAAGUCAGGAGUGAGAGGUCCAGAACCGCUGAAGAAUCUGUAGACAAUGAAGUGUAGAAGUCUCCUGGAGACAAGAGAGCAGAGGACAGGUCUUCUAGAGAUGUAGACAAUAGACAUGGUUUUCCGGAUGUUGGUCAAGGAGACGUGAGGUGCAAAGGCAGAAAGGAACGACAUGCCCUAUAGCGCGUGGGUCUAGGCUGGGUCUUUAGGGUGCAGAAGGGGCUUUGGCUGGCUCCAUAUCCAGCCUCUCUAUGCUCCUCAAAGGGAAAUCAGCAGAAGGAGCAAUCAAGAGGAGGAAAUACACUCUCUCACGGCUGCCUGGCAAGAAGUGGAGGUGGCAUCUGUCUGCGGUGAAGUUACACAGCUCUUCGUCUGAGGUCUGUAAGAUGCACUGUGGCUGCGUGUCUGAGGGGGUCCCCAGCUCCUACUGGAUCUCAGGGCUGGCUUUCCCAGACUGGGCAUACAAGGCAGAAUCCAGCCCCGGCUCCCGUCAGAUCCAGCUCUGGCACUUCAUCCUGGAGCUGCUGCAGAAGGAGGAAUUCCGCCAUGUCAUCGCCUGGCAGCAGGGCGAGUAUGGGGAGUUUGUGAUCAAGGACCCUGACGAGGUUGCGCGUCUGUGGGGCAGGAGGAAAUGCAAACCGCAAAUGAACUACGACAAGCUGAGCCGGGCCCUCAGGUAUUAUUACAACAAGCGCAUCCUGCACAAGAGCAAGGGAAAGAGAUUCACCUACAAGUUUAACUUCAGCAAACUCAUCUUCGUCAAUUACCCGCUGUGGGACGCGCGCUAUCCCCCCCCGCCCCUGCGGAUGGGGGCCGCCGGCGUGUGCCGCCCGCCCGGGCUCUCCACCGGCAUGCAGAGCGAGCUCCUGCAGAACAUGAUCUUCACCCGCCAGGCCUUGGCCGACCAGCUGGCCUUCCACAGAGGCCUCAGGGACCCGCUGGACAUGGCGAGCCCAGGGAACAAGAAAGGGACUGCCAGCGGGCCCCAGUUCAGCUCGCUCCCCUCUCCCUGCCUGUUCGGCUCCUGCUGCUGUGGGGGAGUGCAAGACAAGUUCCCCUGCCUGGGCGCCUUCCUGCCAACGAUCCCGCACUCCGGCCUCGGCCCCCACUCCAGCCGUCAGCUCUGCCCCCCUCCCCAGUACCCCCAGCCCAGCUCCCCCGACUGGUCGUGCUUCCCCAGCCACGUCUUCCAGCACGGCUGGUCGGUGCUGCCCCUGGAGGAGAGGGCCCACCCACACAGCCCAUUGGGACCCCCCAGAUCAGAAGCCCUCCGGAAGGGUGUCAGCUUCCCAGCCAUUAGGCUGCAGGGGAGAGCGUUCCCCGGGCUCCCAUUGGGUGCCACGCGGGGCCAUGGGAGCGCGAUGGCCGGAAGGAGGCUGGGGUUCCCGCCGGACCUCUCCCAGCCUAGGGAGGAAGCGGAGGCCUCCUCUGCAGAGAGCUGCCUGGGUGUGAAACCGGAGCUGGAGCUCGAGGGCCGGCCUCAGGCCAAGGGCGCCGGCAGUCUGGAGCCCAGUGGGGGAGGUGAAGGUCUGCCUUACCCCCCCGAGUUACAAGGCCUCCACCCACCCAGCAUCCCCUGCUUGCCUGGCUUUAAAGCUGGCUGCUCCCUGGAUCCUACCUAAGGCAGGUGGGCAAGAGUUGAGGGGAUGUCAGCUCUUCUCCUCCAGCCCUGAUUCCACUGUCCCAGGGGACCCUGGCAUUCCAGCUAGCAGACCAGAAGCUCCCUCGACCAGCCGGCUCUCCGCAACCCGCCACUCGCCCUGUCUCAGGGCUGAGGAGGUUGAUUUCCAGUGGGGUGCUGGCUGGGACCCCAGAAAACCAGCCACCAGGGUCUGCCAGUGACUCAUCCUCAUUCACCCACCAAUAACCCCUCCAUCCACAACUCCCUGAGGCAGAGCCAGGGAGGUAGGUGCCCCGAGUGUGCAGAGCCCUCUGUCUUCCUCGCCUGGUCUCAGUGCCCCACCCCGGGUAGCCUGAGACAUGCUUCAUUCAUACCUCAAACUUCCCCAGCCUCUGCUCUGCUUCACAACUAAACCUGGGUCCAGCCCAGCCCGGCCACUCUUUGUGAUCAGACACCCUCUCUCCGGGACGGCCCAUCCGGUGCCAGACCCCAGCUCUUCAUUCGCUUUGAAGCUCUCGGCGUGUGUCGGGAUGGCGACCGGAGCUGAUGUGCAAACAGGUUUGGAAUCCCGGGGGAACCCCUGAGGAACACGACAAAGAUCUCAUUUUCCUUGCCAUUUUUUUCUUCCAAAGGUUUAGGUGGGGAAAAAAAGAACAAACAGAUUGUUCAGUGUUUGGCAACAGGAAAAUUUCAGCCAAAAAAUUUCAAAUUUUCAACAACCCCCGCACUCAGUUUAGCCCAAGACGUCACCCGCAGAAAUCUCUGCUUUGACUAAAAACUUGGUUUCUGUCGGAAAAAACCUUGAGAAGGGAAUAUGUUGACUGGCUCCAGUACCGCUGCUGCUGGCUCAUCCCCAGGGAUCCCACGUGGGACGUCUGGAUCAAAAACACAAGCCACCCGUGUCAGCAAAAGAAUAAGGCCUGUGAGCUUGGGCUGUAUCUGUCUCAUCAACUUCAUGCAUCAUCCAGCUCCUGGAGGGGGGAAAGCCCUGCAUUGGGUCCGCAUGGGGAGGUUGAAAGUGACCCAGUAUUUCCCAUUAAACACUCAGUUGCCCCCACAGGGUUAUUCUACCCCUUUUUUCUUCUGGUACUCCCCAGCCACCGCCCCACCCAUGCUGGGGACACGUUCUGAAUUGCUCAGGCCCCAGUUCCCUUUGCCUGGCGACACUCUGGAAACCAGAGGGGAGGGGGUGUCUUUCCUCUCGACUUUCCUCCCUCUUGUUCAAACAUUUGUGUGGAGUGUUUGCUAAGUGCCUAGUUGUUGGUCCCCUUUGCCCUGCUGUUGGGUUCCCUCUUAACUCCUCGUCUGCCAGAUCUCAAGUCUGGUCUUGGGCUGCGCUGAAAUCAGGGGAAGGUCAGGGGCGGUCCAGCGCUGAGGCAGGGGUGUUCUGCCUGGGGGGUCCCAGACCAUUCAGCACAACAGGUGUACUCUGGAGGCACCGAGCAUGCAGCAGCUCGGCAGGGAUCUUCUGCCUGGAUAGGCUGCUCCUUCCAGCAUCAGAACAGGUGCAUUCUCUUCGGCUGGAGCCUGGAGGUACACCACCAGCCCAGCCCGAUUUGUCUGUAUAUACAAGUCCCUGUGCCACAUCGCCCUGACGUCUUCCCCGCUCCCCCUGUCCGGCAAUACCCUCGCGCCCCACGGCACAGUUUGUCAGUGAAAUAAACGUGCACGGCCUGUCUAGUCUCACCCCGUCUGUAUAAAAGAUGAAACCAAACCCGGUGAAUAAAGAUUGUUUGUAGACCAGAA